GAUGACGGAGGAGAGGUAGAAGAAGACACUGGGAGCUGCCAGCAUCGUCUCAUACUGACGGAGGACACAAAGCCGCGGUGCCUUAGAUUGAACAGUUGGAGAUUAUUAGCAUGUGAUAAACCGACUCUAAUGCUGGUGCUGUGGUCGUGUAUGUGCCGCUCGUCUUUGAUGGUUUGACAGCUCCGUGUCCGCGAUAUGGAGACGCCGGGGAGGAUAGUCAUCACACCGGACGCCCUGGACUUCACCGUGGAAAACGUAGAGAAGGCCCUCCAUCAGCUUUACUAUGACCCGAAUAUAGACAACAAAAAUCUGGCACAGAAAUGGCUGAUGCAGGCCCAGGUCUCACCUCAGGCCUGGCAGUUUUGUUGGGCUCUCCUUGGCCCAGACAAGGUGCCGGAGAUUCAGUACUUUGGUGCCAGUGCACUCCACACCAAGAUCUCUCGGUACUGGUCAGACAUUCCCACAGACCAGUACGAGUCUCUGAAAAGUCAGCUGUUUUCACAAAUUGCCUGCUUCUCCAGCGGCUCCAAGAUGGUGCUCACCCGACUGUGUGUGGCCCUGGCAUCUCUGGCCUUGAACACGAUGCCAGAGGCCUGGCCCAGUGCUGUAUCAGAGAUGGUGCGGGUGUUUCAGGAGGAGGGGGGUGGGGUGGAUGGGCGGGCACGCUGCCUUGCCCUGCUUGAGCUGCUCACGGUGCUCCCUGAAGAGUUUCAGACCAGCCGACUGCCACAGUAUCGCAAGGGACAGGUUCGGGGUGCCUUGGGGAAAGAGUGGGGGGCAGUGUGUCCUUUGCUUCAGCAGCUGUUGCAGCGGACAGAUAGUCCUGGGGCAGUGAAGGCUCGGGUGCUGCGCUGCCUGUCGUCAUGGGUGCUGCUGGAUGUGCCUAUAAACGAGAGCGAGAGCCUGGUGCACGACUGCUUUAGUGCCCUGUCUGACCCGGAGCUCUUCGACACGGCUGUAGAGGCCAUUGUCAAUGCCAUCUCACAGCCUGACUCCCAAAGAUACACAAACACUUUACUGAAAAUGGUUCCCCAAGUGCUUGCCCUUCAGGACCAGCUCCGAGAGGCGGUACAGACUGGAGACAUGGAGACCUGUCAUGGCAUCUGCAGGAUUGCGGUCACACUUGGGGAAAAUCACUCCAGAGCUCUUCUAGAGCAGGUGGACCACUGGCAGAGCUUCCUGGCUUUAGUCAACAUGAUCAUGUUUUGUACUGGCAUUCCAGGCCACUAUCCAGUUAACGAAACUACCAGUUCCCUAACACUUACUUUUUGGUACACCUUACAAGAUGAAAUCAUGUCCUUUGAGUCGGACAAGCAGACGGUGUAUCUGCAGGUCUACAGGCCGGUCUAUUUUCAGCUGGUGGAUGUGCUGCUCCAUAAAGCACAGUUCCCCUCAGACGAGGAGUACGCCUCGUGGUCCUCUGACGAAAAGGAACAGUUCAGAAUCUACCGGGUGGACAUCUCCGACACCCUCAUGUAUGUGUAUGAGAUGCUGGGAGCUGAGCUGCUGAGUAACCUCUAUGACAAACUAGGACGACUGCUCACCAACACAGAACAACCCACAUCAUGGCAGCACACUGAGGCUUUGCUCUAUGGCUUCCAGUCCAUAGCCGAGACAAUAGAUGUGAAUUACUCAGAUGUUAUUCCCGGUUUAAUAGGACUCAUCCCUAGAAUAAAUAUCAACAAUGUGCAGCUCGCCGACACAGUCAUGUUCACUAUUGGUGCUCUGGCUGAGUGGUUGGCGGACCACCCGGUCAUGCUUAGCAGUGUACUGCCUUUGGUGCUCCAGGCCUUAGGAAACCCUGACCUCUCUGUAUCUUCAGUCUCUACUUUAAAGAAAAUCUGUAGAGAGUGUAAAUAUGACCUGCCACCCUACGCAACCAAUAUAGUAGCUGUUUCUCAGGAGGUACUUAUAAAACAAAUCCAUAAGACCAGUCAGUGUAUGUGGCUGAUGCAGGCUCUUGGCUUCCUGCUAUCGGCGCUCCCAGUGGAGGACAUCUUAAGGAACCUUCACUCCCUCAUCACCCCUUACAUUCAGCAGCUCGAGAAACUGGCGGAUGAAACGCCAAAUCCAUCCAAUAAGCUAGCCAUUAUCCAUAUCUUGGGCCUGCUGUCUAACCUGUUUACGACACUGGACAUCAGCAAACAGGACGAUGACUCAGGGGAUGGCUCUGCGCCUCCUGUCAAGUCCACUCCACAACCACCUGGUCCCAACCCGGUGGUAGUAGUUUUGCAACAGGUUUUUGCUCUCAUACAAAAGGUACUCAGCAAGUGGCUCAAUGACUCACAAGUAGUAGAGGCGGUGUGCGCAAUCUUUGAGAAAUCCGUAAAGACCCUGCUUCAUGACUUUGCACCGAUGGUUUCUCAACUCAGUGAGAUGCUUGGACAGAUGUACAGCACCAUCCCUCAAGCCUCAGCUCUAGACCUCACCAGACAGAUGGUACAUAUCUUUGCCAGUGAGACGGACCAUUUUCCGCCCAUCAAAGCUCUGUUUGAGCAUGUUACCUCAGUAACGCUGUCCAUCUUCCAGCAAGGACCCAGGGAUCAUCCUGAUAUUGUUGAUUCAUUUAUGCAACUCCAAGCUCAGGCUCUCAAGCGAAAACCCGAUUUAUUCUUGUCUGAAACUCUUGAUGUGAAGGCGGUGUUCCAUUGUGGAAUCUUGUCGCUAAAGUUUCCAGAGGCUCCAACUGUCAAGUCAACUUGCUUCUUCUUUACUGAGCUGUUACCCCACUGCUAUGAUGUGCCCCCAGUGGCCAGGAUAGUUGAGCAAGAGGGUAAACUGUUGCUUCAGGCAGUUUUGGAGGGCAUUGGGGGCGGAGCAUCUCGAAGCCUGAUGGACCAGUUUGCAGAAGUGCUAUUUGCUCUGAACAAGCACUGUUUUGCACUGCUCAAUGUUUGGUUGAAGGAGGCGCUGCAGCCGCCUGGUUUUCCCUCUUCACGGGUCACAACGGAACAGAAAGACCGUUUCUGUCAGCAGAUACUUAGAGAACGAGUAAACAAAAGGAAGGUGAAAGAGAUGGUGAAAGAGUUUACUCUACUGUGCCGAGGGCUUCAUGGGACAGAGUACGCUGCUGAGUACUGACUUUACUUUGAAGGGUCUCGUAAUCAUGACCUCUGGAUCCCACAGCAGUUAUCACACCUAUGAAGACAACAUGAAAUGAUUGUAAUUACAAUACUCCAUUCACUGCAGGAUGAGACCCACACCGACCUAUUAUCCACUGUGGCUUUUGGGAUGCAGCCCUCUGCUUCAGUUUCUUCUGAUUGUUAUUUCAAAGUCUUUAGGGGAGCAGCAGUCCCAGCAUGCUGCCUUAUGUCUCCUAUCUUCUCGUUCUGCCUUUCUUGAUCUUCCCGUGGUUCUGAGGUUGUUUCCUAGUGAUUAGCAUUGAUAUGAAGUGGUAGUGGUAUCAUACAUAACUACUUCAAAUGAAUUAUAUUAGUGUACUCUGCAUAUAUAUAUUUAUAUAUAUAUACACACACACUUAUAAAUGUAUGGAGGUUGUCAGUCCUGCUGCUAAUGACAAGAAGUAUGCCAAAAGUUCAAAGAAGGAAUCUACAAGAAAAGAAAAUCACUAAACAAACUUCACCUGACAUGGUUUAUAACCUGUUUGCAUUUGCCAAAUCAUUUUUCUGUGACUUGCUUUUGUUGGACUUAACUCCUGAUGGUAUGAGUGGAGUAAACCAGACUGUUUUGGACUACAGGUCUAAUGGUCCCAAAUACAUUUUCAUAAUUUCUUAAGCUACAUUUACUCUACAGGAAAUUGAAAUAAAUUAUUGUAGUUCAAAGAUAAUAAUGUUACAGUAACAAAGAAGGGACAGAAGCGAUUAGUUAUCCUCAAGUUGAAAUGGUUAGUCAAUAUAAUCCUGCAAAAAUUAAUCAAAAUGUGUAAAUUAUUGUUAUUACUGAACACUUGUGUGUUUAUAAACAUAUGUAUGCCUGUGUGAAAGGUAAUGUGCACUUCCUUUUCACUUGUGCACUUAUAAUGGACCUACAAAUGCAUAUGUACCCUUAUUGUUUUAGCAAAGAGCUUUCAUUUUACUAUACUCAUUUAUACUACUCAGCAUCUUACCGGGCAUAUUCUAUUUUAUCACUACUCAAUUACACAUAUCUUAUCAUUAAAGGGCCAGUCAGUGAUGAUCAAAUAUCAUCUAUUUAUCUAUUCUCUACCGACUGUUGCCCUUAUGCUUAUAUGAGUAAGGACCCAAAAAGGUUUUGGGUUACUGCCUUGGAGCGGACCAAGAAGGAUUAGGAGUUAGUAGAGAAAUGCAUUGGGAGUAACACAAAUCUUUGCUUAACUGUUCUUGUAAGAUAUUGUAAGUGAAGUGAUGUGAUGGUUGUAUAAAGUAGAAAGCCCAGUGGAUAUCUAUUAGCACUCAGUCAGCAUUGAAAUGUACUACUAUGUGCUCUAACUUAAUCUCAGUCUAAUCCUUCUGUCUUAUCCAAGGUGCCUGCAAACAUGUAGCAUGUAUAUGUGUUUUGUGGGGUGGGGUCCGGGGGCAAGAGACAAGGCAAAGGCAUAUUGUAGAUGCCCAAGAAGAUGUAGACUUUGAAUCAGCUGUCCUGCCAGUUAGAUAAAAUAAAACUGUGAAUAAUUGGUGGCUCUACCUUUGUUCUGCAUCAAUGAAAGUGGUGGUUGUCACAGUUAUUACUAAGUUGUAUGUGGAAGAGGGGAGGGCGAUAUAAAAUGUACAUUGUUUUUGUACCUUGGCUUUAAUUUAUUAAAUAUAUCUAAGACUGUAA